AUGCUCAGAAAGGGUCACUACGCGCAACGUGUCGGCGCCGGUGCGCCCGUCUACCUGGCCGCCGUCUUGGAGUACUUGGCCGCUGAGGUACUCGAGUUGGCCGGCAACGCGGCGAGGGACAACAAGAAGAGCCGCAUCAACCCGCGACACUUGCAAUUGGCCGUGAGAAACGACGAGGAAUUGAAUAAAUUGUUGAGUGGAGUGACAAUCGCUCAAGGAGGAGUUCUGCCGAAUAUUCAAGCUGUCCUUCUCCCCAAGAAGACCCAAGGUGACAAGGAG